AUGGAUUACGAUCCAGAAGUUGCCGGUUUAUUGGAUAUUAACAGUAGUAGGAAUGGACUGUCUCGGCAUGAUGGAUCUGAGGAUAGUGACGAUGAGAUUCAAAACUGGUCGGUUGUGGCUUCUGUCGGUAAGAGGGGCCAAAAAGAUUUUGAGCCUCUUGUCUGCGAGGAAGAGACUCAAGUGCUUUCCCAAUAUGAUCAGAAUGCUCUUUGGAGAUCGAGAAAUAUGAUGUUUUCGGCUUUGGGAAAGAAAAGGGGAACUAUUGUCUCUUUGGAUGAUCUAGAUAAGAGCACCAUCUAUAUCAAUGCUCGCAAUCCCGACAGUUUGUUUAUGCUUAAAGGUCGAGGGAAGUUUUUAGAGUCGAUGGGUCGGAUGGAUAGCCAUUCUCUCUGCUAUUUUGAUUAUGAAGAGGCUCUUUAUUUGAUUGAAAGAGGUACCUGCUUGGCUCGAUUAUACGAUGAAGAUGAGGAUAAGAAUGCUAAGUACCAGAAAAUGCUACCGCUUAGUUUAGAAACGGUUUACUCCUUACUUAUACAUGAUGAUGAACAGUUGGACCGCUACCUUGUCUACAGUUUUUUAAAGAGAAAUGGCUAUGUGGUGACCAGACAUCAAGAAUUUGAUCAUGUGAUUUGUGAGCCGAAGGAAGAUGUUGUCAAUUACAAUCAAUUGACUUCUCUAAACCCUCACAACAGAAUGUCUUUAUGGACAUGCCUGUUGGCACGGCUGUCCAAUUGGUGGAAUGUUUCGUUUCCUUACAAGUUUGCAAUGUCUUACUUUAAUGUCUUCUCCUACCUUAGUUGGAAAGUGAGAAGAAUGUCUUAUCCCAAGCCGGCCGCACCAAAAGAUUUGGAACUGCAGAGUGAUGAAUGUAAGCAGUAUUUUAUCGCAUUCAAUGUUUGGAAACCAAUGUCCAAAUUCAAAAAGAAAAACCCGCCUUUACCUGACUUCCAGGUUGUCCCGGUUAAAGCCUGGUGGGAAUUUCCAAGAGCUCAGGAUAUCAAGUAUCUAAUAUCGAGGGCUAGAACUAACCCGGAAACUUUUCGGAGAAAGAUCAAUCGUCGCACACAUAGAAUCUCCCAUAUUGAUCCGAACUGGGACUAUAGUAGGUCCAUUAAUAUGCAUAACUUGAAGUACAAUGAGCAUAAUAUUACAUUCGCCAUAGUUGACAGCGGAAAUGUCAAUUUUUCCAAUCUCUCUGACUGCUGUUUUGCUAGUGAAGGACCCUGCUGGAGGGACCAUUGGCUUACUGAUACAAAAAAGAGAAGGAAAAGAUUCCGGAAGAAAAAUCCUGCUCCAAGCAAACCUGUUCUGGAUGAUCAUAGGAAAGAUACAUUGAUUUCAAGUAGAAACGAACCGAUAUCUGCUUCAGGCCUGAACUCUGUGGAAUCUUAA